GCGGCCAUGGGGAGGCAGAGGGAUGCUCCGCCGCUGCCCGCCCGGCCGGCCGAGGGCCGCCGGCUCCUCCUCCUCCUGCUCCCCCCCGGGCUGGGCGCCGCGGCCGCCAGGGGGGAGAAAGGGCCGUAGCCGCAGCGCUGCUCCCGCCUCCGCCUCCGCCGCGAAGGGCUUCCCCUGGCGAAGGGCAAAGGGACCCGCCAUGGACGCGCCGGCCGCCGAGCUCCGGCCGCCGGGCACGUUGGGACCGCUGGCGGCCAUCUGCCUAGUGAAUCUCUUCUUUUCUGGGAAAAUUGAAAGUGCUGUACCUUCAUUAGCUUGCAGUGGGAGACCAGAACAGCAUACUGAGCGACGUGGAGUCAUCUACAGCCCUUCCUGGCCAUUAAACUAUCCUGCUGACGUCAACUGCAGCUGGUACAUUCAAGGCGAUCGGGGUGAUGUGAUCACUAUAAGUUUUAAGAACUUUGAUUUGGAGGACUCCCUAAAAUGUUCAGUAGACUGGCUGAUGAUCGGCCCAUCUUCCAAGCGGGAGGAGUACAGAGUGUGUGGAUCCUUCAUCCCUCCUUCCUUCAUCUCCGCCAGGGAUCAUGUCUGGAUAGUUUUCCAUGCAGAUCCAUCAAGCUCAGGGCAGGCUCAGGGAUUCCGCCUGUCUUACAUCCGAGGAAAAGUUGGCCAGACCAAUUGCCAAUCUGAUGAAUUCCGUUGUCUAAAUGGCAAAUGCAUCCCCAGCUCUUGGAAGUGCAAUUCAAUGGAUGAAUGUGGUGAUAAUUCAGAUGAGAAAAACUGUACCCUUCCCCCAACUGAGCCCCAGUCUAGCAUUUGUCCGUCGGGAACAUUCCAGUGUAGCGUUGCCCAUUCCACCAAGUGCUUGUUAAACGAACUGAAAUGUAACACGGUCAAAGACUGCAGCGAUGGUUCCGAUGAAGAAAACUGCCCCGAUCUUUCAUGUGGCAAAAGACUUGGCAACUUUUAUGGGUCUUUCGCUUCCCCGGACUUGUUCCGCUCAGAUCAUAGCCGGGCCGAUCUCCGCUGCACCUGGUAUGUGGACACCCAAGAUAAUCGCCACGUUCUCCUUCAGCUUGAUUUGCAACUUGGGUACAACGAUUAUGUGAAGGUAUACGAUGGGCUGGGGGAGAGAGGCGAGAAACUCAUGCAGACUCUUUCAUAUCACAACAACAGACACUCUGUGAGCCUGGAGUCCUCCAAGGGGCAGCUGACUAUAGCGUACCACGCUCGGUCAAAGAGCAUUGGUCAUGGUUUCAACGCAACUUAUCAGGUGAAAGGCUACUGCCUGCCUUGGGAGCAUCCCUGCGGCAAUGACGAGGAGUGCUAUACUGAUAAGCAGCAUUGUGACGGCUGGUGGCAUUGCCCCAAUGGCAAAGAUGAAGAGAAUUGCCCUGCCUGUCAGAAGAACGAAUACCCAUGUGAGGGAAACAGUGGGCUGUGUUAUUCAUUGCUCGAUCGCUGUAAUAACCAAAAGAACUGUCCCGAUGGCUCAGACGAGAAAAACUGCUUCACUUGCCAGCCAGGCAACUUUCAUUGCGGCACCAACCUGUGCAUCUUCGAAACAUGGCGCUGUGACGGCCAAGAGGAUUGCCAGGAUGGGAGCGACGAGCACAACUGCCUUGUGAUUGUGCCGAGGAAGGUCAUCACAGCAGCUUUGAUAGGGAGCCUUGUCUGUGGGUUGCUCUUAGUGAUCGCCUUGGGAUGUGCCUUUAAACUCUACUCGCUGCGAACCAGGGAAUACAGGGCAUUUGAAACUCAGAUGACACGCCUAGAAGCAGAGUUUGUGAGACGCGAAGCUCCCCCUUCCUAUGGGCAACUGAUUGCACAGGGACUUAUUCCACCAGUGGAAGACUUCCCCGUUUACAACGCAUCACAAGCCUCUGUUCUGCAGAACAUCCGAACAGCAAUGAGGAGGCAGAUGAGGCGCCACUCUUCAAGACGUAACUCCUCCCGCCGGCGCUUGGGCAGACUGUGGAACAGAUUCUUUCACAGGCCACGAGCGAGAGGCCAGAUCCCGCUUUUAAACCCCGCCCACACCUCGCAGACAGUGCUGGGGGAUGGAAUCAUCCACCGCACGGAUGGAGCGCCCGCACAGUCUCUCCCACCUUCUCCCGAAGGAGCUGACAUUGAAACAGAGACCUGCAGCCCGAAUCGGGAACUCCCAGAACCUGAAAGCAGCAACCUGCCAUCAGGGACAGAAGCUACGGAGUCGUCGCCCUUGGACGUUUUGUCAGAUGCCUGCACAGCUGCCUUGGCAGAGUCAGAGAACAGUGACAAGCCUUUGGGUGCUGAUGACGCCUCCAGUGGCGAGGCAAGACAAACCAGCAAGGUUGAUUCAGGAAAAACGUUUAGAGACCCUUUGUCAGAAAGGGUUAUGGAAAUACACCCUCACGAGGGGUCAGUGCCCAGAAUGACAAUGGCCGAGAACCGAAUUUCAAACAGGAGUAAUUUGCUGACUGAAGAGCCAUGUCGGCUGCCCUUUAAAAAGUGGGACACUGUGUACUCUGACAGCCCGAUGAAUGUUCCCAUCCAGGUGGAAGGCCAAUGCUACUGUCCACAUUCAUAUCGCGAAGAACCGUUGGGCAUUCACCCAGCUUGUUGCCAUUCCAUGGAAGUGCCAAUACUAGAAUCCCCUCCCCCUCUCUCAGAAAUCAGCCCCAGCGAUGAUGAGUCUUUACUGGUUUGCUAAUGGGAUUGUGUUGGUCUCUGACAGGCCCUUGUGACAUUUUCUAUUGUGUUGUGGCACACACCAUUCAUAACCAACAGAAUCCACCUCUUUUGCUGUCUCUUACAGCUCAUUAAACCUCAGGGGAGCUGAAAAUACAUAGCAAGGUUAAAUAGGAUAAGCACCUGCGGCUGACGAGUGCAUUUCGCAUCACAUUGUUUUGCCUUUUAAAAAUUGUUUCAUUUUAAAACGUAUUUUACGUAAAAGACACAGUUGUUCUUUCUGAAAGGGCUCACAAUCCGAAAUCUCUCACUGUCUUAAAAUGUUCCCUUGGUAUAAUCCCAGAGAGAUCUCUAGCUGCUGAGCCAAUGUCAUAAAAAAAGAUAACUUCCCAUGACACCUUAAAAGGCAACCGUUUUAUUGUGACAAAACUUUUCGCGGACUGGAUUCCACUCUGUCAGGUGCAUGAAGUGUUAUCCUCAGUUGACAGAUAUAUGUGUAUAUGGGUACAGGGAAAGCAGGUGAAGGGACUAGUUAUGCAGGAAAGCUCCCUGCGGGGGAGGCAAGUGGCUGCCUGUUCUCAUGUUUCGUGUUUGCAUCAGCCACGACGCUUCCAGUGACUAUAAUUACAUUGACCAGGAUGCCUCUCUGGUGCCCCUUCUUCACAACUGAUGCGUGGUUACCAGGGAGAGAGGGGACCCAGGGGAGGUUACAUCCACGAGAAGCAGCAGAACAUCCUCUGCUUUGCAUCUAGCCACCCUGGGAAGCUGAACAAAGAGUCUGACUCCCUGGUCCCGUGAUCCGUGGAUGGGAAAGCAGCUUGCACCCCGAGAAAGGAUCUGCCUUUAUGAUACGACACUGCCCUAAAUCCUUUCGUUUUGUUCUGUUUUGUGAAGUCCCCUUCCCUUCGCACUUGGUGAUCCAACAGGAAGCUUUUCAGCUUUGCAUUCAUGUGCUUGAGGGGAUUCAGCUGGCAGGCAAACCGGCACCAGACACAAGUAAUUAUUACUGUGACUGCUCAACUGGAAAUAUCCAAUUAUUGCCAAUUUAAAAUAUUUGUUUAAAUUAAAGCUGUGUUUACAUUGCCCCCGGGUAAAUUGUUAUAACAGAAAACCAAGGCCAUACAGCAUCACUUCCUUUCAUUACUUAAACAAAAAAAGGCUCCACGCUCCCCUCUGCUUUCCCCUUUCACAGUAAUGGCUGUAGAUAUCAAGAAGUGCCAGUAAUGGCCAAAGGUUCUUGGUAUCCUGCAAACAGAAAAAUAAUUGCAUUUUCUGGUCGUUCUGCCACCCUUGUAGCAAAGAAGCCAAGUUUUAAUUUUAGUAGGAUUGCAGCAAAGCUGCUCUGUUCAUUGGUGGUUUUACAUUGGCUUAUGUUGUCAUAUCAAUUUUUCAUGGCUGUGCAUUUCACAGCCCCUCCUCCCCGCCCCCUACUGCCAAGGACCUUCCCAGCGCUGGCACAGGAAGCAGCAGUGUUCAGAGCGCACGUGAUUCCCAUAAGAUUUAGCAUAGAUUAGUAAGUGCUUUAUCUUUAAUAAGCAGGUUGCCAGGUUGAUUUUCAAACUGUUCUGGGGAAACCUCUGAGAUCCAUCAGAUACGUAUCCAGAGUUCUUCACUGAGGAGAUCAAUAGCAGUACAGAAGCUUUCCCAAAAGUUUGUCUGCCGCAGCUGACCUUGGCAGUAUAUAAAGGAGAUUUGGUCUAUUCUAAUGUGACUUCUGAGGUCCCACUUGUGACCCUUGUGAAGUGGUACUGCAUCCUAGAGAGUCUGACACAAAAUCCUCUGGAGUGUACGGAGGCUCCAUGGGACAGACUCAGUGGUUCCUUGGCAGAAAAGUGGGUGUAGAAAGGUGUUACCUUGGAGGCAGAAAGUUUGAAAACCAUUGGAGCACAGCUGAGCUGCAGCCCGAAUGUUAGUGUCUUAGAAUAGUCGGUGCACAAUUUUUUUUGUAUGAUGGUUUCUCCGUUGAAAGUAACCAUCCUUAUCCUGAAGGCUGCCAUUGUGUAGGCCCUAAGAACUGUAUGCUGGUGCCUUUUUAUCUUUUAAUAUAUUUUUUUAAAGAAAGCUUUUGGCUCAGCUGCACUGGACUGCAACACAAGCAAUUGACAGUGAAUAAAGUUGUGCUAGUCUGAGACAUCCAUUUAAAAACGCACGAUUUAGUUGCCUGUUCAUGGAUCCUCCUUUGCUGCUGCUGGUGUUGCCUCUUGUCUCCCUCACCCAAGUGGGAUACCCGCGCUGCUUCAGUAACAUCUGUUGAAAGCAACACCUUUGGGCGACUUCCCACAGCAACACCACCAGCUUUUGGGAGAGUGAUAUUGACAUGGGAAGUCGCCCUCGCCAGGACCGGAUCCAACCUGGGAGGGGAGCAUGGCUGCUAUACCUCUCCAGAUAUCUGUGAAUGGGUUGCACGAGCACCGUGACCCUUCAUUACAGUCUUCUUCAUCAUUCUCUGUAAUUUUCCCUUUCAGCUCAUUGAUUGUGUAUUUUCUGUGGCCAUGUUGCACCACACUGUUAUCUGAGCGGAAGACUCAUUAAAAUCAAAGGGACUUGUGCAUAUCUGACUGUGCACUGGAUUGCAGCCAAUGUAAACAGUUAACAGUUGCUUCCCAGAUUGCCAAUUGCUUUAUCAAUGUAACCCAAAGCUCUCUUAACAUCCCAAUACCUUUCCAGGGUAAAGGAAGUAAAGGGCAGUAAUGAAUGAUCAGAUAAUACCAAGAACAGUUCCGUGUGUCUGCAAAUAAGACAUUUCUUUAAGCAACUUCUCUUGAAUCAAAAUUAAUGAGAACGGAAAUGGGUUUGGAGGAGUUUCCAGAUGCGCUAAGUAGCUGACUGAGCUCUGCAGGGCUGGUAUAAAUUGGAAUGUGCUGUAUCAGCAAUAUACUUUUUAUUGUAAACUGUAGUGAUAUCAUCAGUUUCCCUACAAUUAACCAAGGAAAUUAAAAGGUGUCAACAAGUCUUUCUGUAAAAGGUCAAAGCAGAAAGUAAUAAAAUUUAACACAAA